CAAACAUCUAAAGCUGUCCCGCUUUACGGUAGAGUGUGUCGCUCGCUAGGCAGAGGCUAGGCAGCUGUCAGAAGGCAAUGCGCAUUGGAUUUCCCAGUGCAGAGACACUGCAAGGUGGAUCCUUGAAAGCUUUGGUUGUGCAGGGGAGCGGCAUGUGGAGUUUAAUGACGUAGCCUAUUGAAACUAUCGAAAACCAACGUGGUACCGAAUGACAUCUGCACCAACAGACGGUGCUCCUGAGUGUGUUUAUGUUCCAGUUGCUGAGGACUGUUGGACUGAGGGCGUUUUCCAUGGCAUCUGAGACGUACACGUCGGGCACACACUCUGCCGCCUUCGUCACUUGUCCUAACGACACAGUAGCCAGAGACUUGGCCAGGGGUAUUGUGGAAAAGAAGCUAGCUGCUUGCGUCAACAUUGUCCCAGCAAUCAAAUCUGUAUAUGAGUGGCAGGGUAAGAUUGAGGAGGACAAUGAGGUGCUGCUGAUGAUUAAAACAAGAAGUUCCAAGGUGCCUGCUCUUGCUGAAUAUGUCCGCUCUAACCAUCCUUAUGAGGUGGCCGAGGUCAUCAGCCUGCCUAUUGACCAGGGCAACCCGCCUUACCUCAAGUGGAUAGGAGACGUUGUCCCUGAGUAAGGACGGACUGAUGGACUGAUGAAUGAGUGGAUCCAUUAAUUCAUGGCUGGAUGUAAAAAAGAAUCUGACAAAAUGUGAAAUUACACUUUUUUUAUGCUCUCCCUCAAAGACACAUCCAAUACUUUACACACACAAGACACUAUCCAAAUCUGUAAUGUUUUACCAACUGCAUAAGACCAAGACUUACAAGACAAGACGAGGUUCCCAUCAUGUGAAUAAGUUACACAAUGGGUGUUUUGAAAUAAUUAAAACUAUGAUGUUUUCUAAAAUAUGCCCUAUUUUGUUGUGUCCCAGCCAUCAAUUGAGUCUUGUAAUAUUUUUUUCUUCUAGUGUGUUUACCUCUAGAGGGCAGCCUUGGUUUUUCAUUUUCAAAGUUAACCAGGUGCAGAAUGUACUGUUUUCUAUAGCUUUGACUUGUUUGAACCUGCCACUAAAAUGGUUUAAGUGAACAGA